AAUAGAUACUUUGGAAACUCCAAAGAAGAAAUUCUUCAAGAGUCUUCCCAGGGAUUUCAUGUAUGAAGUGAUCCAUGCAAAAAACGAAGAACAACAAACCAGCAAUGAACAAAAAGCUGUUCAACUUGAACAAGCCACUAACCACAGUAACAUUGCUGAUAAUAAGGCCACUACGUCAGCUCCCAAACCCCGAAGAAUACUAACAGCCAAAAGAGCUUCAGCGUCAAGGAAAAGAAACUUCUUUGCUCAGUACUCCCAAGGAAGAUUACUCGGCACUGGCUCGUUUGGAAAGGUCUACGCUGGAAUUCGCCUGAGAGAUCAAUUACCGGUGGCCAUUAAAUACAUUCCUGAGGAGACAUGCCGCAUUGUUCAACAGGGAAGUCCAAACCAAAAUGUUCCUUCAGAAAUCUUCUUCCAAAAGAACCUCGACCAUCCUAACAUCAUAAGACUCAUUGAACAUCAUCAUUUCGACAAGAACUAUGUCCUUGUCUUYGAGCGGCCUCGUGUUUGUGUCGAUUUGUUCGAUUAUCUGGAAAACUACGAGAACAACGCCAUUAAUGAGCAAGAYGGAAAGAGCAUUUUCCGUGAAAUAUUGAACGCGGUGGUUUACCUCGAGGAACAAGAGAUCCUGCAUAACGACAUCAAAACMGAGAAUGUCAUCAUGGACCUCAGUAAUGGCGGGAUGAAAGCUAAACUCACUGACUUUGGAUUGUCAUGGCAUUUGACAAACCAACCAAUUACCACAUUUACUGGAACAGUAGAGUUCAGUCCUCCUGAAUUCCAUACUACCAGGCAGUACGAUGGUCGCCAGGCCACCGUGUGGUCACUCGGUUGUUUCUUGUUUGACAUGCUUACGGGAAAUCCUCCCUUCAAAAGUGCAAAACAAGCAGCGACUCAACCUCUUAGAAUUCCAAAUCACUUUUCUCAAGAUUUGAAAAAUUUCCUACGAAUUAUGCUAAAGAAAAGGCCAAACGAACGGGCAAACAUUACCGAUUUGUUGGAUCAUCCUUGGCUCAAAACAGCCUGA